CCAACGUGGUUUCCCCGCAGAUCCGCUUCUUCAAUACACUUCGAUUAAUUCAGUUAUGAAUUUGGAGCAAGACCGACCAUUUAUUUGCAACGCUCCAGGCUGUGCACAGCGAUUUCCAACUGAGGAUCAUCUUAUGAUUCACAGGCACAAACAUGAAAUGACUCUGAAGUUUCCGGCAAUAAAAACAGACAACAUUUUAUCAGAUCAGACCCCCACCCCUACUCGAUUCCUGAAGAACUGUGAAGAAGUUGGACUUUUUAAUGAACUUGCUUGUUCAUUAGAACAGGAGUUUAGGAAAGCGCAGGAAGAGGAAGAUAAUAAAAGGGCUUCAUCAGGGUUGGGCAUUUCCAGUCUGGCGGAGGUGCAGAACAAAGAGACAUCAAUUACUGACAGUACAGCACGAGUGUCAACUCUAUGCCAGACAGUUUCUGCAACCCGACCUGACAAGAACAUAUCAAUGCAUGGGUCAGUCCCAGGGCAGGUGUCUGGAGCAGCAUCACACCAACUUGCCAGCUCUAGGAUGUCAAACCAUGACACCAGCGUUGUAAUUCAACAAGCCAUGCCUUCACCAACAUCCAGCUCAGUCAUCACACAAGCACCUUCUACCAACAGGCAAAUAGGGCCUGUUCCAGGGUCUCUGUCUUCAUUACUGCAUCUCCACAACAGACAUAGGCAGCCCAUGCCAGCUUCCAUGCCUGGUAACCUCCCCAAUCCCACGAUGCCAGGAUCAUCUGCAGUAUUGAUGCCUAUGGAUAGGCAGAUGUCCUUGAGCUCUAAUAUCAUGGGAAUGCCAGGCCCUUCCCUAAAUAAUCCCUGCACUCCUCCGCAAAUCCAGCAAAUACCUUCAGAAGCAAAAAUGCGCCUGAAAGCAGCACUGAGUCAGCACCCUACGGCUUUGUCGAAUGGAAAUAUGAACAUGAUGGGCCAAGUGAUGAUGUCAUCCAGAGAGGAGCAAGCACCACACCAUCACAUGCACUCACAUCCACACCAGCCACCUCCUCAUCAUCCGUACACGCACCAGCACCAACAUCAGCAUCAACACGAACACCAUCACCACCCUCAGCACCACCAUCACCAGCAUAGCCACCCCCACUCCCAUCCACACCUGCAUCCACACCUCCCACAGCACCACACGCCUCCGCAUCAGCCACUGCCCACAGGAGCACAAACCCAGGUCUCGCCUGGAGCACAACAGAUGCAUUCUCCACAGUCAGUGCAUCCAACUCAGACCAGCGGGGGGCGGAGAAGAAGGGUUGUGGAUGAAGACCCAGACGAAAGGCGACGGAAGUUUCUGGAAAGAAACCGCGCAGCUGCAACACGCUGCAGGCAGAAGAGAAAGGUGUGGGUGUUGUCGUUAGAAAAGAAAGCAGAAGAGCUCACACAAACAAACAUGCAACUUCAGAAUGAGGUCUCUCUAUUGAAGAAUGAGGUGGCACAGCUGAAGCAGCUGUUACUGACACAUAAAGACUGUCCGAUCACAGCAAUGCAGAAAGAGUCACAAGGCUACAUGAGUCCUGAGAGCAGUCCAACAGGAAGUCCUGUUCCUGCCUGCUCUCAACAGCAAGUCAUCCAGCACAACUCUAUUAGCACUUCGACUGCCAUUAGUGAGGUAGUGGGAAGCUCUGCUCUCAACCAGCUCACCAGUCAGAGAACAGAUCGCAAUCCUAUCCUCUGAACACUGCCUUCUAUCAGGACUAUGGUAGCUGAAACACUACCACCCCCAGUCAGAACUUUUGGAACAUCAGCAUAACCCUGGAAUCAGAUACACAUUUGCGAGAAAAAGACUUUUGCUUUCAUUUUAAUAGUUAUUAUCAAAAUGC